CUCUUUAGGGGACUGGAGAUAUGGUUAAGAGCACUUGCUGCAGUGCCGACCGGUGCCUCUUUUGUGACGCGGCAGAUGAGGAGACUCCAGCGCUCGCCAUGGCGGACGAGAAACCCAAGGAAGGAGUCAAGACUGAGAACAACGAACAUACUAAGUUUAAGAUUAAGAGGCAUACACCACUUAGUAAACUAAUGAAAGCCUAUUGUGAACGACAGGGUUUGUCAAUGAGGCAGAUCAGAUUCUGGUUUGAUGGGCAACCAAUCAAUGAAACAGAUACACCUGCACAGUUGGACGUGGAGGAUGAAGAUACGAUUGAUGUGUUCCAGCAGCAGACAGGAGAUGUCUACUAAAAAGUGAACCUGGUACUUUACUCCAGAAUUUUGUUAUAGACCAAGAAUACAUUCCCAAUUAGAAAGCUGCAAUUUGGUUCCACCACAUCCUGACUACUGCAGUGUAGUUUUCUCUAUUCUUUCAUUUCCCUGUCCCCAUUUCUUUAUUGUACAUAAAGUAACUGGUGUACGUGCACAA